AUGGCUAAUAAAGACUUACAAUUAUUUAAGAAAGAUACAGAGAAAGGUAAGGAUGUUCAACGACAGGAAACAAUAAGGAAAACUAGGGAAGAGUUGAAUAAAAUCGUUGCUAAGAAACUUCAUGGUGAGAAGGUUACCACAUUAUCCUCUUCUUCCACCAAUAAUGAUACUACAUAUGUGAGAUAUACUUCUGCACAAGUGGCUAAUAUAAGUGCAAUUGAAGGCAAUGUUCCAAAACAAAGGAUAAUAAAAAUCAAGGAUGAAAAAGUAGAUCCCAUGUUAACACCUUCGUUUAAAAUUCGGAAAGCCCCCAGCGGUCCGCCAACAGAUAGUAUUGUUCCAGUUUUACAUGAUGAGUUGAACACAGAAAAAAUAACUAAAGCUGAUCAAAAGAAAUGGCAGAUUGCUCCGGCAGUUUCUAAUUGGAAAAAUACGAAGGGAUUUAUUAUAGGAAUUGAAAACAGACUAAAAAAUUCGGGCGAUGUCAACGAAUUGAGUGAAGAAGAUAAAGAGAGAAGCAUUGCAAAAUUUAGUGCCCUGAGUAACGCCUUGAAGAGUGCCGAGCAAAAAGCCAAACAGGAUAUCAAUGCAAGAGCAAGCUGGAGAAAACGUAAGGAGGCCGAAGAGGACCACGAGGCCCAGGAGAGAUUAAACAGGCUAGCAGAAGAGGCUAGGAAAGCUAGGGCCAGCUCAGCAGACAGAGUAGAACCAACAAAUGAGCGAGAUAACAUACAUGUUUCCAAGCACGAAAGACGUAUGGAGAGGAGAAGAAGAGCAGAAGAAGAACUCAAGAGAGAUAGACUGAGUACAAAGCAAAAGGUUAGAAAGCUUGCGGAAGAACAAGGUAGAGAUGUCAGCGAGCGUGUUGUACUAGGUGUUUCCGAGGCCAUUAAAAAGAAGCAAAAAGAAAGUGUUUACGAUGCAGAUCUUUACCUAAAGUCGAACACAAGGUCUAACAAUGGUGACGAGAUUGCUUAUGACUCACCCUUGUUUAACCAAGAUGCGGUAUUGAACGAUAUCUACAGAUCCAGAAAUUUAUCAGGCUAUAGAGGCCUAGGUAGUAAAGACCAGGAGGAUUCUGGCUCAACUUCUGUUGCUUUUGUAAAAGAUUCAGAGAAGCAAAAAUAG